AUGCAGUAUGAUGAUAGCGCCGUUGUACAUGAACAGUUAGUACUUACUUACAUCAUGGAUGAUCAUUCGUCAGUUGUCUUCUUGAUUGGGUUUUUGGUUGUAUCAAUCCUCAACGAGCUCAUGGGGCUGACCGGAAACGUUAUCGUAGCAGAAGCGCUAAAGAAGGCAACAGUCUUUCGGAUGGAGAAGAUGGUGGAGAAAUCUCGUCUAGCAGUGGCUCGGAACAUAUAUACAUCCGAGGUGGUUCAGGUUCCGUGGGCAGUCCAGAAAAGAAUUAGAACUAAAAGUAGAUGUAAUUGCAUCACCCCGAAUAGAGCCCAUGAGUACGCUGAUCCUGGUGAUGUAUUUCCUCGGCUGCAAAACCAUGGCUGUGUACUGAGCAGCAUGAACAGGCACUCAAAGACAAACAAGCCAAAAAAAAUGGACGAACAGAGACUGAGUUCAAAUCACAUAUCGAUCUCAUUUGCAGCGUGUCAUGAAGUAAGUCGUGACUUCCCAUUACUUCGGCAACCACGACUAAAAAUUUGGCAUAAAAUUAUUUACUGCGUUCGUGUGAAAAAUUUUGGAAACAAUGCCGGAAUCUGCACGGAGUGGGCAAGAAGAACGGCGUCCCUCAAUGGCUUUCAGUUAUUCUGGGAAAUAUUCUUCAUCGUUUGUCGAACUAAAGUGGAAAAUUCCUAAAGUACUAGUUUAGAAACUUUAUCUUUUUUAGCAUCACAAACACAAGAAGUCUCUUUUCAGAAGUUGUGAUAGUACAUGUUCAUACUCACUUUUUCGUGAAGUAUCGAAGACUGAAUAUUGGAGUUGGGCCGACACUUGCUCUUGUUGUACUUCUACGUGGAUAGUU